UCUCCAAGUGAGCCAGUUCCACAGCCGCCCGGCACUGUCCCGGAUUCAGGUUCCAGUCGCUGGCUGCCUGCCUGGCUGCCUGCCUGUCUGGCGCCCAUCCGUCCUCUCCUUUUCCACCAGCAGGGGCUGCAUGCAAGUUGCUGCAGAAAUAGGGGCUCGGGCCAGAGCUCGGAUGCUCGACGUUUGGGCAUGACUGGCCGGGCGGGGGCCAGGCGACGGAUAUUGCAGUGUUGGCUCAUCACCACCGCGGAUCGCCCCGGCCGAGUGACCAGGCCAUCCCUGGUGACAGUCCUCCCUCUUUCCCCACGUUCCGGCCCAGACUAGCACUCGACCCACGGCCCUGUCCGGAUUCGGUUUAUUGCCCAACCCAUUGAACCGGCCAGGAACCUGGAGCACUCGCCGCGGCUACUUGAUCUGCGUUACCCCGUGUCAUAUAAGAGACGCUGGCCGGCAUGUGUCGCGCCGGCACACCCUGACUCAGAGCCUGCUGCUGUAUGUCUCACGCCUCUCUAACCCCCUAAACGCCAACAUUCUCCAAUCCCCUUCUUUCCUCCCCAACUCUCCCUGCUCAUUCUGAACUGCCUGUUUGGGCUCUUCAAUGUCCCUGUCCCCUACCACAGGCAUGAGUAGGCUUUCGCUCGAUCGCAACUCACCCCUCCCCCGGGACCCCAGCCGGUCGCAGUUACGACACCCAAGUUCUUCGAUGCCCGAGUCCGAGCCCUCGUCGGACCAGAGCGACUGGGAGCUGGAGGAGGACGACGAUGAGGGUGAGGGAGAGCCGGACACGGUGUCCUCGCCGACGGGGUUCAAGUACAACAUCUCUCGGCUCUCGCCGAGGACCCGUCGGGUCGUGAAGGGGCUGUUCAACCAGUCGUCGUCCAAAGACCCGCCACAGAUAUCUUUGGAACUCUGCGGCAUCAGGGGGGACGACCCCGAAGGCUCCGGCUUGUUCUAUGCUUUUCAGAUGCACGAGGUCGUGCCCUGCUCUGUCCGUAUCGGUUCCCGAAAUAGCGGCAGGUUCUCGGCACCCAAGUGCGAGUGCCCGGAUGCCAGGUACCGUCAUUUGCGUCCGUGCAAGCAUCUGAUCUGGCUCUUCGACAAGAUCUCGAAGCUGGCUCUGGUCGAUCACGACCCUGACUCGGUGCUCACCAUGACCGAGCUUGGCUACGCCGAGGAGCUCGGAGACCCGUUCGCGCAGAUAUCGCAAGUCCGCCUCGAUGUCCUUGCCGACGACCUCCGCUGUGACAUGUCCGAACCCGACACGGACGUCGUCUCUCCCAACCCCGCCCGUGUGAGGGAAGCCAGAGAGAUGGUUGCGGCGAUGGAGGGAGUGGAGCCGCGGGAGCUCGACAGCUACAGACCCGACCUCGACGCCUCGUAUAACCGCAUCCCACCGAUCCGCCGCGGCGACCUUGGCGCGACGCUCUUCUCCCUCCUCCUCGCCUCGCAUCACCUUGCUGAGUGGGUCCGCUCUGAGCUCAGCCCAUCGGACCCGGCUGUCGAUCCUUUCCGGCGCCUUCAGCAACGCGCAUCCCGCAUCAUCGGGGAGCUAGAUGUAUAUUCGGCCGCCGAACGCGAUCCAGCCGCUGUCGACGCAUACCGAAGGCGCGGUAAAAUGGCAGAGGGCCCGCGAGACGUGGACUGGGCCGCAGCGCAGAUCCGGCAUUGUGUGGACAAGAUCGAGCGGCUCGUCUCUCGCGGUUCCAGUCCACUUCCUGCAUGGGCACGUUCUUCGGCAGCCCGCUCGCUCGUCUGCAUCCUCAAGGCGGUUGUGCAUCACCGGGACCUGUAUCCGCGCCUGAUUAGAGAGCAAGAUGCCGACUUCGUCUAUUCCGCACUUGACAUGCUUGCCGAUCAGAGCCAGUUCAUUGAGGAACUGGAAGAGAUCAUGGAUUUGGUGGGCAUCCGCGGAGCCCCGCCGUCCUAUGUCGACAAGAUGCGCAGCCUGAUCUCACGCAUGCGCAGCCACGGAACCGAAGAUGUCGUCAGCCCGAGCGGCAUCCCACGAAGCGAAACCCCGCCGCUGUACGAGUCGUCCUCGGCCGCCGUUCAGCACCCCGGACCGAGCCGCGGCAGCAGCGUGCAAUUCCUCACCCCCGAGGUGCCAGCAAGCGCUAUGGGGCGUGGCGGCCAGGGCGCCAGAGGAGGUCGAGGAAGGGGAAAUGGCAGAGGCUCCAAACGUCUGGUUUCCCCACACGACAGCCCUCGGGGUUCCAGAAAGCGAGUUCGAGGCGCCUAAGAUGAUCCGACAGCGUCCACUCACCUGACUUCGAACAUCGCCAAGUUAGAAUUUUUUUUUUUUUUUUUUUUUUUUUCUUCGCUUUGUUUUGUUUUCUCUUCCUCGGCCUCAGAGAGGCAACCCACAAUACAAAUACACAACUACAUACAACAUCAAAAGUGGGCUGGCCCACCACACCCCCGAUGGAACCAUGAAAAAAACGAAAGAACCAGGAUUCAUGUGCGUUGGAAAGCCUUUCGGUAGAUUUCCUUCUGCUACACCAAUGCUAACGGUUCAGUGCCGUUGCUGGAUCCAUAAUACCACCUCCCAUGUUCGGUAAUUGAGAUGAGAUAGGCUUACGGGAGCGGCAGAGGUCAAGGUCAAGCGCCCCGUCGGGGUUGCUCAGGGGAGGCGUCUCAUCUACGUUCGCAGGUCG